AUGGGAUCGCAAGGAUUGCCAGGUUAUACAGGUGCAACGGGGCCUGUGGGUUUACCGGGAGCAACGGGUCAUACAGGGAGCUUCGGAUCUCCAGGUGCUCCUGGUGUUCCGGGCCUACCUGGUCCUAUGGGGAAAGCUGGUGCUGGAGGUCCUCCAGGUCAAGCCGGGGCAGAUGGAUUGGUCGGUGCUACAGGAGAUACUGGAAACACGGGAAUGAUUGGUCCAUAUGGAUACCCUGGUCCCGUUGGAGACACUGGUUUCACAGGAGCUACAGGUUAUACAGGAUUUACGGGAGCUAGAGGUCCCAAGGGUACCAGGGUAUCAACUGUAUCCCCAGGAUCAACAGGGUGGACAGGUCCGAACCAGGCUACCGGAUCUUCAGGACCACCUGUGGAAAUUCCAAAUUGGAAUGAUUCUGGCAACUACACUGAUUCGUUGAAAAACUGCGCAGUUGGCACACCGAUGCUGUCCGACUUCCAAAAAGUUCAUGAAUUGAUGCAAAAGAGCAAGGACUUCACUUCGAUUUACAACCAGCGAAUCAGCGGCAUCAACCAAAGACUGAAUAAUGUCUACGACAGAUUUUCAGUAGUUAUGAGCUAUUAUCUCGAAAAAAUGAAUAUUUCAGGAGUGACUAAUAUAGGCGAUACUGGCAGCAAUGGCGUAAAUGGUCCCACCGGAUUCCCAGGUUUAAUAGGAAAAGUUGGAAAUUCUGGAGGAAUAGGAUGGACAGGGCUGAAAGGAAGAAAUGGAGCUACCGGAUUCACCGGAGCAACAGGUUUGCCGGGACCGGACGGUCUUGUUGGUUCUCAGGGUGGCACAGGUAAUACCGGCCUCGUAGGGGAAAAAGGAGAUACUGGAGGCACGGGAUAUACCGGUUCACCUGGACCAGGUGGAUCAAAAGGUGCAAGGGGUGAACCUGGGUAUCAGGGACAGCCUGGAUUCAUGGGAUCUACUGGGAUGAUUGGCCCAGUUUGAAAAAAUCCUGUUAGAUCUGCUUGAAGAAAAUAAAACUUAUGACGCUUUUCAUUUAUUGAUACAAAUAUUUUUAGCAUUUAGAUAUUUUAGAAUAAAAUCAUUGCAUG